UACCGAGUCACACUUACACCAAAGACCUACCUAAUAUUCUCUCCUCUUCCGCCGAGAACGAUGCUAGUAGACUAGCAGUGUGACAUAGAUGGAAGCUUAAAGCUUGAAGCUUUACUAGUCGCAAAGUACAAAGUUUCAGACUUUCUUUUGUUUCUCCUUAAUUUUCCAAGUAACCCUUUUCUCCCUGAUCCGAAAUGCGUGGCGGCCUUGAUCGAUGGAUCAAAUCAGAACCGUUAGAUCAAAACGGUCAAACCCUCGGGGGAUCUGUCUCUUUUGUUCCCUGUAAGGACUGCACAGUCAGUUCAAUACGAUUUGUCGGAAAAAAGUCGAGCUUUUUGAAGUUUAGGAGACGAGACAGGACCAGAGGAGGAGCUCUGUUUUUGUCUGUGAGUUUAUCGAUAAAGGAAGAAGAAGGUGAAGGGUAUAAUGGUCAAAACAGUUAUCAAUCUCUUCAGUUGAAAGACUCUUUGUUGAUCCAAGAAGCUGGUGAGAAGAAGGAGAAGAAGAUUAAGGUUAAGGAGAAUGGAUCAGGAGCUCUCAACACCACCAAGCAUCUUUGGGCUGGAGCUUUUGCUGCCAUGGUUUCAAGAACUUGCAUUGCACCACUUGAGCGGAUGAAGCUAGAGUACAUAGUCCGAGGAGAGCAACGGAGUCUCCUUGGACUCAUCCAGAGGAUUGCAACAACCGAAGGAGUUAGAGGAUUCUGGAAAGGCAACUUGGUUAACAUUCUUAGAACAGCUCCUUUCAAGUCCAUCAACUUCUACGCCUAUGAUACCUACAGAGGCCAGCUUCUGAGACUCUCAGGGAACGAAGAAACCACUAAUUUCGAGAGGUUUAUCGCCGGUGCGGCCGCCGGAGUAACAGCUAGUCUGCUCUGUCUACCACUAGAUACCGUGAGAACGGUUAUGGUGGCACCUGGUGGAGAGGCGUUAGGCGGUGUGGUUGGUGCGUUUCGUCACAUGAUUCAAACGGAAGGUUUCUUCUCGUUAUACAAAGGUCUUGUGCCUUCGCUCGUUAGCAUGGCUCCAGCGGGAGCUGUGUUCUAUGGAGUCUAUGAUAUCUUGAAAUCAACUUACCUUCAUACGCCGGAAGGUAGGAAACGGCUUGAACACAUGAGAGAAGAAGGUGAGGAGCUCAACGCUUUUGACCAGCUGGAGCUUGGUCCCAUGAGAACUUUGCUGUACGGAGCAAUCGCUGGGGCGUGCUCAGAAGCAGCGACUUAUCCUUUUGAAGUUGUGAGAAGGCAUUUGCAAAUGCAGUCGCAUGAGAGGAAGCUGAGCACAGUGGCUACUUGUGUGAAGAUCGUUGAACAAGGUGGUGUUCCUGCUCUAUAUGCUGGCUUGAUUCCCAGCUUAUUACAGGUAUUGCCUUCAGCAGCGAUUAGUUACUUUGUGUAUGAGUUCAUGAAAGUUAUCAUGAAGGUAGAAUCAGCACAAUAGCUGGUCUUAUGGCUUCAAGUUACUUCUGAGAUUUUUUUUUUUUGUUUUUUUUUUGUUUUUACUCUGAAGCUUUGUAUCCACUUUAUUGUCUGUGAAACAACUGGUUGCAAGAGAAAUAAAAAAGAUAUGGAAACUCCAAUUUGGUUUUCC